CCAAAAUUAUGGCAGUAGCUAUAAGUUUCAUUGGUCUGCACUCCCCACUUAGAUUUGAGAGCCAUUGACAAAACCAUGGUGAUCACAACGUUCGAAUUUUACAGGAAAACUGGGUAAAUCAUGAGGGUAAUUAGGAAAAAGAGGAGAAAAUGAAAUUGGAUCAACCAACAAAAGAAAAAUUAUACAACUAGUAAAGAGGGAUCUUCCUCUUCUUUUUUAAAGUACUACUUACCAACAUCGACAAAAAAAAAAAAAUCCUCGGAAAAGACGCAGCUGUUUUCUCUCUCUCUCUCUCACAUGUUCAAUUAUUGCGUCAUAUAAGGAAAAGACCAGGAAUAUCAGUGUACCUGCUGUAUGUUUAUUUGAUUUGUUCUAGUUUAGUUGAGCUCAGGCUCUUUUAACUCCUAAAACAGAACAAGACGGUGGCGAUUCCAAGUAUCCAGAUACUCCUUCGUUUCUUCCUGUGGGUAUCUUCAAUCUCCCUUCUUGUUUGUCUUCAAUCUCCAGCUAUGAUUCCACAUUUAGCUUGCAGUUCCCCUUUUCUCUGGUUCCAUUCUUGAAUCUUAACCCUCUUCUGUUGCUUUUUGCCUCUUUUCCCACCUAAUGCAUUUAUCUGGAUGUGUUUUUUUUAUAACCUUUUGAAUCUUUAGAACAAGUGGUCAUUUUUUUUCAUCAAAAUAAGCAAAAGAAAAAUCAAAACUUGCUGCACCAGAGUAGAGCUGAACUGGUUUUUCUGCAUUGUUGUUCAAGGUUCAGGGGCCGCCGAUACUGUUGUGAAGAUUGACCGAGGAACAGGUCAAUCCAUUACAUCACAAAUUACUUAAAGAUCCUAGAAGAAUCAAAAUCUUCUUGACUUACAUUUUUUGCAUUUGGUCAAAUUCUGAAAACCCUGUGCACAAGUGCUAUUGCAAUGUCCCUAUUAUCCAGGUUACGCUGUAUCACUGUGGAUGUUACUGGUACUCUCAUAGCUUACAAAGGGGAGCUUGGUGACUACUAUUGCAUGGCAGCCAAAGCUGUUGGACUGCCAUGCCCUGACUAUAAAAGUGUGCAUGAAGGUUUCAAGUUUGCAUAUACAGAGAUGGCAAAGAAGUAUCCGUGUUUUGGGUUUGCAGCAAAAAUGCCAAAUAUUGUAUGGUGGAAAACUUGUGUUAGGGAUUCAUUUGUCAGGGCAGGGUUUGAUUAUGAUGAGGAGACAUUUGAGAAGAUAUUUAGACGCAUAUAUGCUUCCUUUGGCUCAUCUGCACCAUAUACAGUUUUUCCAGACUCCCAACCCUUCCUAAGAUGGGCUCGUGAAAAGGGUCUUAAAGUGGGGAUUAUAAGCAAUGCAGAAUAUCGUUACCAGGACGUGAUUCUUCCAGCCUUGGGUUUGAACCAGGGAUCCGAGUGGGACUUUGGUGUGUUCUCUGGUCUUGAAGGUGUAGAAAAACCAGACCCAAGGAUUUAUAAGAUUGCUCUUGAAAGGGCUGGAAAUAUUGCACCAGAAGAGACUUUACACAUUGGUGACAGCAUGCGCAAAGACUAUGUCCCAGCAAAGAGUGUGGGAAUGAAAGCAUUGCUAUUGGAUAGGUUCAAAACCCCUGAUGCUGUGGAGUGGAGAAAAUCUGGCGCUAUUGUUCUUCCUGACUUGGUGGCAGUGCAAGAAUUGCUUUCUUCAGGGAAGUUAACUUGUUAAGGGGCUAUUUUUCUGCCUGAAUGCUGUCAUCUGUGAUUGUUUUAACCAUUUGGUUGAUAAAUAUGUGAUGAUAUCACUUACCAGUUACCAUCUGGUUUCUUCCUCUGAGUUUCGUUUACAUGUCCUGUUUUCACACCCUAUGAGCAUCUAGAAUUUUGCUGUGAUUUAGUUGG